AUGGACUACGUAGAGUUGCCUCCGGAUUCGCCCUACCCCUUUCUGGAAGUGCCUUGUCUCAGCAAAGAGCCGUACGAGCAUCACGAUUUCCUGACCUACCCGGAGCAUGAAGGUUGGGACAUCACCCGGCUGUUUAAUGGCGACUUCACAGGGCAUAAAGAUGCAGCGCCCUUCUUGCAGAAUUGGCUCUUCUUUGGGGUCCUUUGGGAAGUAUUUGGUCCCAUCAGCAAAGGAGGCAAGCAUUACUAUGUGAAGGAACAACAAAAUCACCCAAAUGGAGUCAUAUCUGUUACCGGUCUAGAAGAACGUAUCCUCGAACUCACAUCUUUUAUCUCGUCCAUUCUCCAGACCGAGGACAAGUCCACUGCGCAACAGAUCGGUCGCCGUAUUGAACAGUGUCUUCGAACCGUAUCCCGGUUUUGUCGAAUUGCAAAGUGCGAGGAUGACCCACGCCCGGGGCUCACCACUUGGCCACUGCCGCCAGAGAUAGAUCUCUCAAUAAGGACGUUGAGUCAGCGUCUGUCCUGGAGCUUCUCAACAGGCGUAAUGCCUUUAGUCUUUGGUUCCGACACCGGGGGGCUAGAAUUUCCCUGUGCAUGGCUUCCUCUCAAGCGCUUACAGGAAUCCGGAUGGUGUCCUAGUGAAGUCGCCCUGGUCGAAGAAACAUUCACCUCUGCGUCGGCGUACUAUACAUCGCAACUUGAGAGUCCGCCGUCUGCGACAGAAAAAGACCAUAGUUUGUGCACGAGGAGCCUGUGUAUGGCGCGACAACUUAACGAGGAGACGUACCGUACUGCUCACACUUCUUCUGACUGCGAAUGCCAACAUUAUGGGCCGCUGAUUGAUGAAGUGGUCUCCAUCAUCGGUUCCGGGGGCGUGCCGCUGUUGUCCAUAACACCAAUAAAGAAGGCACCCUACGUCAAAGUCGAAGUUGAGAAAUAUACCGAAGGGAAGAGGUAUAUCGCUUUCUCACAUGUCUGGUCCGAUGGACUUGGGAAUCCCUCCGCAAAUACUCUGCCGCAGUGCCAGCUGCUUCGCAUUCAGAGCUUACUAGAUGAGUUAGUCUCUGGGAUUCGAUCGGUUGACCUUGUCAACCGGCUGGCUUUUAGAGAACUCUGGAAGAAAAAGUUCCACGGGCCCUCGCUACUAUUCUGGAUGGACACAAUGUGCAUUCCGGUGGCCCAAGAGCACCGCGAGCUACGCUCUGUAGCCAUUAAAUCGAUGAAAGCUGUUUAUGAGCGGGCAUUCCGCGUGCUGGUGCUAGACGGCGACAUCCAGUCGUUCUCGUCCAGUGACUAUACACAGUCGUUCAUGCGGAUCCGACUAUCCGCCUGGAUGCGCCGACUUUGGACCCUAAACGAAGGUGUACUCGCCAACAAACUGUGCGUCAAAUUCGCGGACGGAAUCUUCGACGUACAAGAAAAAUCAAAAGCCCAGCAGAGCGAGAUAUACGAAUCCGAGUUAGAACAGAUAAAGUACUCAUAUGGGACGCCCAUGCGCGAUGCAGACAGUUUCCACUGGAAAUUUCGUCUCCUCCGCCUGAACGUCAUCUCAGAGCCGGAUCCGCGCAUAGUGAGGCGAACAACUUCUGAGGUAACUAGUCCUGAAGCAAAACGGUGUUUCGCCAUAAUGGAGGCCUUCAGCGCAGCCCUAUAUCGCUCAACCAGUAAGGAAAGGGACGAGAUGCUGUGCUUUGCGAGUUUGAUUGGAUGGGACACAUCCUUGCUCAAGGGGCUUCCGUUCGAAGACCACAUGCAUGCCUUACUGUCAACCGAGAAGUAUCUCCCACAGGGAAUGUUGUUUCUUGCUGGGCCUAGAAUGCGGCAGCAUGGGUGGCAAUGGGCAAUUAAUCGAUUUGGAAACUGCGGUGCAAAGAGACUGAAGGUUAAGUCUGAUGAUAUGACUAUGGGACUUGUUACAGAGGCUGGAUUUGAGGUUGAGUACCCGGGGCUGGUUCUGCCAGUAACUUGUACAUUGAGAGAUCUGCAGAGACUGGUUCUGAGUGUUGACAUGGGCAAUGGAUCAGUGGGAAAGUUUCAAAUUAUGCGGCAUGAUGAAGGCUUGGGUCGCGGCGAAGACAGGACUGACUCCUGGGAAGAAGAUCGACGCCAAUUAUACGUUCUGUAUUGGGACAUGACAAAAAAGAUGCCUACUAUGACGCCGAUGCCUGCCGCAGUGAUUUCUGGUCCGAAAGAUGAGGAUCUUGCAAGGGGCGAGAAGGUAUAUCAGUUCGAAUGCCUGGCGUCUUUGGAGAUACUGGAAGUGACCUAUGGGGCAUUAAAGGAGAAUGGGGAUGAAGUUGCUCAACUGGACCUCAGGAAAUGGACCAUUGGGUAG